GAUCGGUCUCUCUUUUCUAACAUGGACGACCUUUUGAACCUUGAGCUUUUGUCGCUCGUCUCAAAGGUCACGUCGGAACUCCAGAACCACGUCGGCGUCGGCGACAAAACCUUGGCCGAGUUCCUGAUCGCGCAGCGUCUAGAAUGCAGCUCCUUCAACGAGUUCCGCGAGAGACUCGCGGGCAUCGCCCCGGACUUUCCGCCCAGUUUAGUCGAGAGCCUUGACCGCCUUGUCCUGGCUAUGCACCCAAAGUUCAAGGGCAAGAACGGCGCCCAAGACGAAGAACACCACCACACGCGAACGCUCGAGGAGAAGGAGAAAGUCUUCAGCGGGCUUGCGCUUCCGGAUAAGGACCCCGUACCUGACGGUGGAGCCGAUGCGAUCGACGAUACCCUGGCGCUUCUCGAAGGCUUGGAAGGAAAGGCGAAAAAGGACAAGAGCGCGAGGAAACGGAGUCGAAGCCCUGAGGACGACCAGAAAGAUUCAAGGCGCAGGAGAAGAGACCGAUCGCGCUCGAGAGACCGGCGCAGGCGAGACAAAUACCGAUCGCGAUCGCGGUCGCAAGAACGAGGCGACGAAGACUGGCGAGAUGGCUAUCGCGAUUCGCGCAAGGACCGACGAGGUCGUCGACGAUACGACGACGACGAUGACCGCUUCCGCAACGCCCCGGCGCCCGAGAUGGACGAUGCGCCACAAUUACACAAGGUCUACGAGGGACAUGUUACAGGCAUCAAGGACUUUGGCGCCUUUGUCAACCUGCAUAAUGUUAGGGGCAAAGUCGACGGUUUGGUCCACGUCUCGCGCAUGGUUGCUGGGCAGCGAGUCAGCCACCCCUCUGAUCUCUUGACACGAGGACAACAGGUCUGGGUGAAGGUUACAAGCAUCGAAGGGAGUAGAGUUGGGUUGUCGAUGAAGGACGUCGAUCAAGAAAAUGGCCAAGAUCUGGAACCGCAAGCUCGCAUGACAACUGGCGCCAACAUGGAAGCACUGGGAGGAGGAGCAAGAAAUGGCUUCGUGGACCCAUCAGCCGGGCCACGAGACAACUUGGGCCCGCCACGACGGCAAAAGAAGAGAAUGACCUCACCAGAGAGGUGGGAGAUAAGACAGUUGAUCGCAUCAGGAGUAGCCAAGGCUUCUGACUACCCCGACCUGGAGGAAGACUACAACGCGACGUUACGCGGUGAUGGCGAAAUGGAGCUGGAAGAGGAUGUCGAUAUUGAAGUGCGCGAGGAGGAGCCUCCUUUCUUGGCUGGCCAAACCAAGCAAUCGCUUGAGCUGUCACCAAUUCGAGUCGUUAAGGCACCAGACGGCUCCAUGAACCGAGCAGCCAUGUCAGGAACUGCCUUGUCCAAGGAGCGAAAGGAACUGAAGCGACAGGAAGCUGAAGUUGCUGCUAAUGAGGAGCCUAAGGAGAAUCUUUCUACGGCGUGGCAGGAUCCUAUGGCAGACCCCGACAAGCGACAAUUUGCCAGCGACCUCAGAAACGCGAGAAAGAACCAACAGUCAGAAGAGGUUCCCGAAUGGAAAAAGGCCGUCAUUCCAAAGGGCCAAUCCCUGGGCAAGCGUACAAACCUGAGCAUCAAGGAGCAACGAGAGUCCUUGCCCGUCUUUGUCUUCCGAAGUCAGCUCAUCAAGGCCGUUCAGGAGAACCAAAUCUUGAUUGUUGUCGGAGAGACAGGUUCUGGAAAGACAACACAGCUGACACAAUACCUGGCUGAAGCUGGUUUUGCCAAUGAUGGCAUGAUCGGCUGCACACAGCCUCGUCGUGUCGCUGCCAUGUCAGUCGCCAAGCGAGUCGCCGAAGAAGUUGGCUGCAAGCUUGGAGAAGAGGUUGGCUACACGAUCCGCUUCGAGGACUGUACUAGCCCGGCCACCAAGAUCAAGUACAUGACGGAUGGUAUGCUUCAGCGUGAGAUUCUCGUUGAUCCAGACCUGUCAAGAUACUCGUGUAUCAUGCUUGACGAGGCCCACGAGCGUACCAUUGCCACCGAUGUCCUCUUUGCCUUGCUGAAGAAGACCCUCAAACGACGACCUGACAUGAAGGUCAUCGUCACUUCUGCGACUCUCGAUGCCGACAAGUUCUCGGCUUACUUUAACGAAUGUCCAAUCUUCACCAUUCCCGGCCGAACAUUUCCUGUCGAAGUUCUCUACUCCAGGGAGCCUGAAUCUGAUUAUUUGGAUGCGGCUCUGGUCACGGUGAUGCAGAUUCACCUUACCGAGCCCAAGGGUGACAUUCUGCUGUUCUUGACAGGUCAAGAAGAAAUCGACACAGCCUGCGAGGUCCUAUACGAGAGAAUGAAGGCGUUAGGGCCUAACGUGCCUGAACUCAUCAUUCUCCCUGUUUACGCGUCGCUUCCCACCGAGAUGCAGAGUCGAAUCUUCGAGCCAGCGCCCCCUGGCAGCCGCAAGGUUGUCAUCGCCACCAACAUUGCUGAGACUUCGAUCACCAUCGAUGAGAUCUACUACGUCGUGGACCCCGGUUUCGUGAAGCAGAAUGCAUACGAUCCUAAGCUGGGAAUGGACUCUCUGGUGGUUACCCCUAUUUCGCAGGCCCAGGCGAACCAAAGAUCCGGCAGAGCUGGCCGAACCGGCCCCGGAAAGUGUUUCCGAUUGUACACAGAAGCUGCGUAUCAGUCAGAGAUGUUGCCGACUACCAUCCCUGAAAUUCAGCGACAGAAUUUGUCUACGACGAUUCUUAUGCUCAAGGCCAUGGGCAUCAACGACCUGCUGCAUUUCGACUUUAUGGACCCCCCUCCGAUCAACACCAUGCUUACCGCAUUGGAGGAGCUGUAUGCGCUUAGCGCCCUGGACGAUGAAGGCCUCCUGACUCGGCUGGGCAGAAAGAUGGCCGACUUCCCCAUGGAGCCCUCCCUUGCCAAGGUCCUCAUCGCUGCCGUUGAGCUCGAGUGCGCCGAAGAAGUGCUCAGCAUUGUUUCCAUGCUCAACAUCUCGACCGUGUUUUAUCGCCCCAAGGAGAAGCAGUCACAAGCCGACCAGAAGAAGGCAAAGUUCCACGACCCUCAUGGCGACCACCUCACCCUGCUCAACGUGUACAACUCAUGGAAGCACAGUGGAUACUCAGCCCCCUGGUGCUUUGAGAACUUUAUCCAGGCGCGUUCCAUGCGUCGUGCAAAGGAUGUUCGUGACCAAAUCGUUAAGAUCAUGGAUCGGUACAAACAUCCUAUCGCCUCGUGUGGACGCGCAACCGAAAAGGUGCGCCGUGCUUUAUGCGCAGGCUUCUUCCGCAACGCGGCGCGCAAGGACCCGCAGGAGGGAUACAAGACGCUGACUGAGGGGACACCUGUAUAUCUGCAUCCAAGCUCAGCCCUGUUUGGCAAGCAGGCUGAGUGGGUGAUUUACCAUGAGCUUGUGUUGACUACCAAGGAGUACAUGCACUGCACGACAAGCAUCGAGCCAAAGUGGCUCGUGGAGGCUGCGCCGACCUUCUUCAAGGUUGCACCAACGGAUCGACUGAGCAAGAGGAAGAAGGCAGAGAGGAUCCAGCCACUGUACAACAAGUUUGCAAACGAGGAUGACUGGCGUUUGAGUGCACAGAGGAAGGGAGGUAGAGGCGGUGGUGGCGGCGGAACAUGGGGAUAA